AGUGCUUUCAGGGGUUAACAGCAUUCCAAUGGUGACGUAGGCUAAACAAAUAAAAGCAGCCUGAGCGAAAGGAGAUGGAUGACUGCCAUAGUUACAAAAUCCUAGGCAACAAUAUUUUUGUGUAUUUUCGCCAUGGCAACCGGAAACGUCGCGUGCCUCGAAAGAUUGCGAGCAGUGUCGCAUAAGUCCAAAACAGAGAAAGAUGUGAAGGUAACGGACGAAUCAUGGAGUGCAAAAGAAACUUUCUGGCUUCCUUAGCCUUGUUGUUCCACCUAGUCAGUAAUUACUGUUUAAUUUGUGUGCAAUGCGUGGACGCGCCCUUUAUCCACAUUCCGGGCAACGGAGUGAUAUCCGGAACUUAUCUGAAAAUGUUUCGAACCCAAAACAUUAAGGCCUACCUCGGCAUUCGGUACGCACAUGCCAGAAGAUUUCAGCCACCGGAUAUCGAACUAACACCCUGGAAGGGGAUUUUCAACGCAACGGUUUUCCAGCCGGACUGCUGGCAGAACGCCAUGCCCUCCGUGGGCAAAGAAACCGAGCAGAUUCUGAAAAUCAUAUCCUCCGACUCGGGUUCCGAGGAUAAUGGUCGAAAGUACGAAGAAAACUGCCUGUAUCUAAACGUUUUUGUACCUGAUGGAUUGCCCGAAAUCAAUGGAUACGCAGUCGUUGUGUGGAUCCACUCGGGCGACUUUUCCACCGGCAGUCCGGCGGACGUGGAGCCCUUUCAACUGGUGUUUAAGCAGAAGGUGAUUGUGGUGACCUUCUCGUACCGGCUGAACAUCUUCGGGUUCUUCACCACCGACGACGGCGAGGCCCAGGGAAACUACGGGCUGAUGGACCAGAGCGCAGCCCUCUACUGGGUAAAGAAGAACAUAAACUUCUUCGGAGGAGACUCCAACCGAAUUACCCUCAUGGGGCACGAUGCCGGAGCGGUUAGUGUGGCGCUGCACAUGACAUCGGGGGAGUGGUCGAAGGGAGGGUUCCACAAGGCCAUUAUAAUGUCGGGGAAUCCCCUGAACCCCGUGAAGAUGCCGUACGAGUACGAGGGAUCCCUGGACCAGGUGUCGAGCACUUUCGGCUGUCCGCGAAGGCCAACCUCGCUGUUUAUUCAGUGCCUGAAGCGACUGGACGCCAAGAGGCUGGCGGAGAAUCUGCCGUCGGUGAGUUGGGGACCUGUGGUGGACUUUGGGCUGAGCAACACCUCGUAUCCCUUCAUUGAGAACCAGCCGGAGAUCCUCUUCAAGAAGGGCAGCUACCACAAGGUCCCUGUCAUCGUAGGAGUGACUGAUAUGGAGGAGGUGCUGACCUUGUUCAAGGACAACCUCGACACGGAGAUAAGCACCACGGACCUGGAGGGAUUUUACAACGACAUCGCUGUGAACGACAUGCACAAGCUUGUGAGGAACUACGAGUGGUGCUCUAACUAUGAGCUGAUUUCCGACGCAAUCAACUUUAUGUACACAAACGACUCGGACAGGGAUGCCAAGAAGGCCAACAAGCACAUCAUUAGCGCCCACACCGAGAAGUUCUACAUCACUCCGAUGCAAACCUUUGCCGACUUAAUCAGCAACGAGAGCCAGGUCUAUAGCUAUCUGUUCAAGAUGCGGCCGAGGUCUGUUCUCCAGGAUCUUCCUAGUUGGAUAAGCGUUCCCAAGCACUUCGACCAGAUUUUCGUCUGGGGCAACCCCUACAUGACCAACUCCGUGGACUGGAAGUCGACGGACAAGAAAAUCGCGGACAUAAUCAUGACCUUGUGGGCAAACUUCGCGAAGACCUCGAACCCCACGAAGUCAAAUGUGUACGUGAAGUGGAACUCGAUGACCCCAAACAACGACUCAGUGCUUUUGAUCGACGAGAGCUUCAACACGGACAACCUGCUCAACAAUCAGCGAAUCAACUUUUGGAAAACGCUCUACCCGAAAAUUCUAGUCUUCUCCGCCGAUUGUUGCAACUCCACAUUCUCGGGCAGCGCUCUGGUGAUCGCAACUUCCGUUCCAAUACUAUGUACCCUUAGCUUUAUCGUUAAUAUAUUCUAAAUAAAAGGAUCUCGCAAAAUAAAACCGCUUA